AUGAUCCCUAAGGCAGUUCUUCAGGCAGCCUGUUUUGGAAUCUGGUUCUUAAACGCGCCCUGGCAGCAAGCAAGCUGCGUCGAAGUAACAAGCAUCAGGUUCCAGAGCGAUGGUGAAGCAACCAUAGACUCCGUCGCUGACACGGGCGUGGGUGUGGUCCCGCCUCUGUUUCAGGUAACGGUGUGUGUAAGAUAUCACCUCCUGCAUUCUGCGGAAAAAGGCAACCCUUUAACGAGUUACUACGCUGGAAAUUCUGACAACGAAAUCUACCUUAUGAUCACCUGGAAAAAAUCAAAGCAGCAAUUUGAAUUCCACUGCUGUCAAGGCCGGGUUAUCAUGAGGGUUGCAGUGAAUUCGGAACUGUACAGAUGGCACCAUAUGUGCAUGGCCGUUAACCUCACGACUCAGAAAUACUGGCUGGCUCAUGAUGACAUGUAUCAAGAAGGUGAGUUGCCAGUAACCGGCACAGGGCCUCUCGAGAUAUUUGGGCGAGGGCGUCUGGUUUUGGGUCAAGAGAUCGACAACCUGCAAGGCGGGAUGAGUUACCACCAGUCCAUCCACGGAGAUGUGGCAGACUAUCAGCUUUUCGAAACCGUCUUGGAUCCGUCGUACCUGAAGGAGUAUGCUAGCUGCGGCUCCCCGGCGACCGAUGCCCGGCCACUUUUGUUUUUCGACGAAUCCAUGACCAUGUUCAAAGUGGAAGGAUCAGCAAACGUGUCCCAGGUUCUUCUACGGAAUUUGUGCCACAUAGAAGAACCCAAUAUAUUGUUUAUGUUGCCGGAGAAGCUUGAUUUCUGGUCCUCACAUGCGGCCUGCGCGAGAAUGAAGGGCUCGAUGGCUGUGCCCACCAGCAGCGAGAUGAACAAAGAAAUCUUCGACGAGAUCAUUCGCUUCAACGACGACUGCGUGGAGGCGUACGGCACGAUCUACUGGCUGGGCUUCAAGGGCGUCGUCAGCAGCGGCCAGUGGCUCACCCUCGAGGGGAACACUACGCUCACCUGGGACAACCUGGCUCCCGGCUACGACACGCCCGAAGAGGACCAGGCGUGCGCCAGCGUAGGGGGCGCUGACUUCCCUCUCAUGUGGUACUCGACGCCGUGCGAGUACGCGAUUUGCCCGCUGUGUAACUUCACCAAAGCGCCCUCCUUCAGGGUGCGCGGUCUCUGCAAGGAUUCCCUGGUGGACCGAUCGCUGUUCCUCUGGGGAUACAAAAACAACAAGCCUCAUUUUCAGGGGCCGUUGUACGUCAGCGUCUUUUGGGAUGAGGAGAACGCCACGUGGUCUAUCUCGCAUCGAGCGGCGGAAAGCCUGACGGCGCACAUGAUAUCGGACGCAGCAAACGCAUAUCCGACUGGAAUACGUACUUGGACUUUCACAGGCGACAGCUGCGGGGUCAGUCAGACGAAAAUCCUGAUCACGGCUUGCGGGUCCAGCGAGUACACGUGCAACGACGGCGCCUGCAUCCCGAAGGCGAAGCGGUGCGACCUGGCCGUCGACUGCUUCGACCAGAGCGACGAGCUCAACUGCCACCUGGCGCUCAUCCCGCCCGGCUACUCCGUCGAGAUGCCUCCGCCCAAGGACCAGGAUGCCCCCGUGCCCGUCAGGCUCGCCGUCGAAAUCACUUCCGUGCGGAGCAUCGACAUCCUCGGCUUCAAGAUGGUAAUCGACGUCAUUCUAAAGAUGUUCUGGAGGGACUCGAGGAUCAAGAUGAAAAACCUGAGGCACGAUUUCAAGUCCAAUAAAGUCCAGGCUCCGAAGGAGCUGUGGCUGCCGAAGCUGCGUGUGGAGGAUGGGUCAAGGAGCCUGGCGGACAUCUUUCCCCGCUCGGAGUCCCUGGUGGUGCUCAGGGAGGCAGACGCCAUUGCGGACGACGACACCAACUUGUAUGAAGACGACGAGUACCUGGGCUCGGCGAAUACGCUGGUCCUGAACCUCGUGAACACCGUGGACUUCACCUGCCAGUUCCAGCUGCGCCAGUACCCUUUCGACACGCAGAGGUGCUCCAUCACGUUCUCUCUUCAAGAUGUGUCCUCGGCCGCCGCCCAGCUCCAUAAGGAGGGCGAUGGCGUGCGCUUCACAGGCCAGAGGAAGUUGCUGGAGUACGAGGUCACGCUGGUUAACAUGAACUCUACGGACGAGCACGGCCAACUUGGGCAGAAGGUUAUGGUGGAACUAAGGAACCUAUAUGGCUAUUACAUAAGCAGUACGUACAUUCCCACAUUGCUACUCGUCACCAUCUGUUACCUCACCCUCUUCUUCGACAUAGACGAUUUCACGGACCGCGUGAUGGUCUCCUUAACGUCCCUCCUCGUCUUGGCCGCCCUCUUCUCGCAGACGAGCCAAAGCAUCCCCAAAACAGCCUACCUGAAGCAGAACUUCCGACUGAAGAAGAAGAAGAUCGGGCCGGAUCGUCACGGCGGCGUCACCAUAAUCUCCGUCUCGCCUCCGAAGUUCGCCACCGAAGAAGAGAGGGAGAGUUUGCCCCCCGCGCCGCCGCGAGUGAGCACCAAGGCUGUUAUCACGAACACCCUCGCUAUCUUCGCUCUGCCCGUUAUCAUGACAGUCUUCGUCGUGGGUUAUGGCAUUGCCUGUUUCGUGUUGGCGCAGUGAGGGUGCUCGCAGGUCUGCUUGCGCUGGCGUUGGCACUG